ACUAUCUGGCAGCGGUGGAGGGGAGGGCUGGAGCUCGGCCGCAGUCGGGGCCGCCUGCGCUCAUCAAACGAACACACAGUGAGGCAGAGCUGGACUGGAAAUAUACUUUAUGCCGCAAUAUGCGUGAAUUUCUAAAAUAAACCCGGGGUUGCUGAAGCCCUUCGGAAGCAGGUCUGGAUCAGUACCGUCUGCGCGGGCCCUAAGUGGGCUGGCACGACCCGUCCUGAACACCCCCGAGCGUCAGACGGGCAUCGGGGACCACAUUACAUGCCGGCGAUUUUUCUUUUCUUUGAUUUCCCCCUUUAGGUUUAGCUUUCUUCUUUCCCCCUGGAAGCUCUUUGGUCGAUCGAGAAGAGCAGAGGAGAUUUUCCCCCUAGUGUGGCAGCCGGGCUGCUCCUGCACACACAGAUGAAUGAAGACCCCAUUCGGGAAGAACGCGGCCCAGAGACCCAGAGCUGAUGCAGGGCAUCCUGGUGUCUCUGCAAAUAUGAUGAAGAAAAAGAACUCUCAUAAGAAACACAAAACCAGCGUAGGCCCCACUAAAGCCGUGGCUCAGCCCAGGAGGAACAUUGUGGGCUGUCGGAUCCAGCACAUCUGGAAGGAGGGCAGCGGCGCUGCGUCCCAGUGGAAGGGCACCGUUUUAGACCAGGUGCCCGUGAACCCCUCGCUCUACCUGAUCAAAUACGACGGCUUCGACUGCGUCUACGGCCUGGAGCUGCACAAGGAUGAGCGGGUGCAAGGCCUGGAGGUCCUGCCAGACAGACUAGCUUCGACGCGCAUCAGCGACGCUCAUCUGGCCGACACUAUGAUUGGCAAAGCAGUGGAGCACAUGUUCGAGACGGAGGACGGCACCAAGAACGAGUGGAGAGGGAUGGUUCUGGCCCGAGCGCCCAUCAUGAACACAUGGUUCUACAUCACGUAUGAGAAAGACCCGGUGCUCUACAUGUACCAGCUGCUGGACGACUAUAAAGACGGAGAUCUGAGGAUCAUGCCGGACUCCAACGACUCUCCCCCAGCAGAGCGAGAGCCCGGAGAGGUGGUGGACAGCCUGGUGGGCAAGCAGGUGGAAUACGCCAAAGAGGACGGCUCUAAACGAACUGGCAUGGUCAUCCAUCAGGUGGAGGCCAAACCCUCCGUCUACUUCAUCAAGUUCGAUGACGACUUUCACAUUUACGUCUAUGAUCUGGUCAAAACAUCGUAGGCAGCGGGGAAAAAAACAAGGAGAGGGAGUGUUCGAGUAAUCAUGUGAUCCAC